GUCCGAUCUCUGUUGUAGGAUCUCUAGUUUCUAUAAGCUCUCUGCUACAAGCUUCCCAGAUGUUGCUCAACAAGUUAACCUGCUAGUUUUUCAUUGCUUCAGUAAACAUUAAAAGCUUUCCUUACCGCCAAUACGCGUUAUUUUUCACAUUUUGUUUACUUCAAAUAUGGUGCUCUCGUGUCGAUUUUACGGGGAGAAGUACCCAGAAGUGGAGGAUGUAGUGAUGGUGAACGUACGCAGCAUAGCUGAAAUGGGUGCGUACGUACAUUUGUUGGAGUACAACAACAUUGAAGGUAUGAUUCUGCUUUCUGAACUAUCAAGGAGACGUAUCAGGUCGAUCAACAAACUCAUCAGAGUAGGCAAAACUGAACCAGUCGUUGUUAUUCGAGUAGAUAAAGAAAAAGGUUACAUUGACUUGAGUAAGCGCCGGGUAUCUGCCGAAGAUGUUGAGAAGUGCACAGAAAGAUAUGCUAAAGCUAAGGCCGUUAACUCAAUUUUAAGACACGUGGCUGAACUGCUGCACUACGAUAGCGACGAGCGAUUGGAGGAGCUUUAUCAGAAGACAGCCUGGUACUUUGAGGAGAAAUACAAGAAACAGAAAGCAUCUGCUUAUGAUUUCUUCAAACAAUCAGUAUUGGAUCCCUCCAUCUUGGCAGAAUGUGGUCUUGAUGAGCAGACGAAGGAAGUAUUGUUAAACAAUAUCAAACGGAAACUUACGUCGCAAGCUGUCAAGAUUAGGGCAGAUGUGGAAGUAGCGUGUUACGGCUACGAAGGAAUCGAUGCCGUUAAGACUGCACUCAAAGCUGGCUUGGCUCUCUCCACCGAUGAACUCCCCAUAAAGAUUAACCUAAUUGCUCCGCCCUUAUAUGUCAUGACAACGUCUACACCAGAGAAGCAAGACGGCUUAAAAGCGCUAAGCGACGCGAUCGAGGUCAUUCAGGAUAAAAUUACGUCGCUGGGAGGUGUAUUCAACGUUCAAAUGGCACCGAAGGUCGUUACUGCGACGGAUGAGGCGGAAUUAGCACGACAGAUGGAACGAGCCGAGCUCGAGAACGCAGAAGUUGCUGGCGACGACGACGAGGAGGAAGUGGAGGGAAUGGAAGGUGAUUUCAGCGGUGGCGAAGGGGGCGAGCAGAAUAGCAAAGGACAAAACGGCACGAAACACGACAAAAGCGAAAAUGCAUCUGAGGAGGAGAAUUAAAUAAAUAAAUAUAUAAACAUAUGUUUGAGAAUAAAAACACCGUUGAUAAGCUAACAAACAUUUGGCAUCUUUUGAUUACAGCUAGAAUUUAAAAAGGAGGUGUUUUAUUACGCUGAACAUGAUAGCACGAUUCUUCAAUAAAUAAAAGAUGUAUAAAAUUGAUUUAUUGUAUUUUACAAAAA